UAUAAGCGACAUUCAACGACCCUUCCGCCCACCAAAAGAAAUCAAGAAAAACUAUAGAAUUGAAGGUAAAGAUGAUGAGAGAUUUAUCAAACUUCAACACUUACAACUACGGCGAUGCUUCCUAUUGGGACGCUCGUUACAUUCAGGAAGGUGGCAGCUACGAUUGGUACCAGAGUUACGCCUCUCUCCGCCCCUUCAUUCGCCGCUACAUACCCACUUUUUCUCUUGUUCUCAUGGUUGGCUGCGGCAAUGCUCUUAUAUCAGAGGACAUGGUGAAGGAUGGAUAUACAUAUGUAAUGAACACCGACAUUUCUUUAGUGGCCAUUGACAUGAUGAGGAAAAAAUAUGAAAAUGUGCCACAGCUCCAUUACAAGCAGAUGGAUGUUAGAGAUAUGAGCUCUUUCCGUAAUGAGUAUUUUGACGGUGUCAUUGACAAGGGAACUCUUGAUUCAUUGUUGUGUGGAAAUGAUGCUUCAGUUAAUGCUACGGCGAUGUUGGGGGAAGUAAGCAGGGUUCUUAAACCUGGAGGAAUAUAUAUGUUGAUAACCUAUGGCGAUCCUAAAGUAAGGAUGUCUCACUUAAAACGGCCUGUAUACGAUUGGGAUAUUGAAUUGUACGUAAUACCCAGACCAGAUUUUGAAAGGCCCGACGGCAGUUCGUCAUCACGCUCCUUCCUGGACCCCAUUCCGCUCACCGAAAAGGGUUUACUUCCGUCUGGUUUUGUAUUAGAAGAUCCAGAAUCUCACUUCAUCUAUGUGUGCAAAAAGAAGUGGAGCUCCCUAGUUCAUUAAUGGAUGAUAUUCAUGGUACACUAACCAAUUAAGUUAGACUUGAAUAUCAAUUUACUCCUCGAACUUGCACAAUUGACUAUCAACACCAAUAUUACUUUUUUUUAUCGAUUAGUCUCUUGUUAA